AUGCAGGUCUUACUCAAAUGCCGUGGGUCUGUGAUACCCAAGGCUUUGGUAUGGUCUGUCCCGUGUGCCUUGCUGACGGUCUUGUUGCACAUUUAUUGGGGCGACGUGAAGGGUGAUGCCAACACAGAACUGGAAGGCAUUGGAACCAUUUGGUCCGGGUAUACGUUUGUCCUGGGCUUUCUGAUCGUCUUCCGCAGCAACCAGGCCUACUCGCGCUUUUGGGAGAGUGUUACGCUUUUCCACCAGACCAGCGGCGAGUGGAUGAGUGCCUUCAGCAAUCUUCUGGCUUUCUGCACUGAAGAGGAGGAAAAGCAGGGAGAAGUGGCGGACUUCCGGAAUCUUCUCAUGAGGCUGAUGAGCCUUCUGCAUUGCACGGCCCUUCAGACCAUGUGUGAGCUCAAGGAUGACAGCUUGGAGGUCUUGGAUGUGGGAGGGCUCAGCAAGAAGAGCAUGCUCCAUCUCAAGACAAGCCCCGACAGGUGCGAAACGGUCCUCCUUUGGAUUGAGCGAAUGAUUCUGGACGCUGAUCGCAACAGCGUUCUGCACGUGCCAGCACCGGUCCUUUCCAGAGCCUUUCAAGAGCUGUCCAGAGGAAUGGUGGGCGUCACCAACAUGCGCAAAAUCCGCGAGGUGCCAUUCCCGUUUCCCUAUUCGCAGUACCUUUCUUUCAUGCUCAUCACAUACUGGCUGCUCAGUCCGAUCAUUGCAAGCCAGAUGGUUCUUCGACCAUGGUGGGCUGGAAUUAUUGUAUUCGUUGUGUGCACAUCCUACUUCACCUUGUUUUAUAUCGCACAAGAGAUCGACCAGCCGUUUGGGGAGGAUCCAAACGACUUGCCCGUAGCAGAUAUGCAGCGUGACUUCAACAAGAAGCUCUCGUUUCUUCACAACCCAUUGUCAUACUCGGUUCCCGGGUACAACUUCGACUCUAUCAUGUCCAUCAAUGUGCUGGACUCCAGCCUGAGUGUCAUUGCAGACAUCGAGGAUUCGGACUCAGAGAAGGACGAAGUGCACCGGGUGUCUGUGCCUGAGACAGCAGAGUCCUGGUGGGAGCCACUUGAGCCAAGCGUUCUGCAGACAAAGAUCCAGCGGUUGCUGCCCAUGCAAACGCGCGAAUUGGGGCGUCUUCUUUGCACGCUCGUCGAAGACAGCUCGAUCCGUGCGACUGAAAUGAACGAAAUGAACGAAAUGAAUGAAGUGACUGCAGCUGCGAGCUCCGACACAUUGGCUAUGCUGGGCCCCCCGAGCCCUGCGAGCGCUCCAAGCGCUGCGAGCCCGGCAGGCUACGCCCGCUCCGGCCAUGUCAGCCAUGGCAGCAGAAGCGGCAGAAAUCGCAGCCAUGGCUACGGUGUCGGUGGCCAAGGGGCCCUGAAAGACUGGGUGUCCCUGGGGGAAUUGUCGCGGAAAUUGGACCUUCACCUUGAGAAGCAUCCAGAGUCUGAGGUAAAGCAGCAGCUUUUGCUCCUGAGCCAAGCUCUCUCUGGCAGCCUUGCAUGCGAGGUGUCCAGAAUAUAA